AUGUCCGGCGAGGGCCCCGAGUCGAUCCCCACGUCGGCGGACCCGCGCUCCAAGCGGGCGACCAAGAAACGGGCGCUGACGCCCGUGUCGGCGCAGGCGUCGACGGUGGAGGCGCUGUUCGCGAAGCCGGACCAGGAGAUCCGCAUCCCGCCGUCGUCCUCGGCGGCGGGCGGUCGGCGGCUGGCCGCGCCGCCCGAGAUCGUGACCAACGUGCAGGGGUCGUCGGCGGGCGCGGGGUCGGGCGAGUUCCACGUGUACAAGGCGAGCCGGCGGCGCGAGUACGAGCGGCUGCGGCAGAUGGACGACGAGGUGCGGCGCGAGACCGAGGCCGAGGCCUUCGAGCGCGAGCGCGCCGAGCGGGAGCGCCGCGACGACGACAAGACCCGCCGCAACCGCGAGAAGCGCGAGAAGAUGAAGGCCCGCAAGGCCAAGGCCAAGGGCGCGGCGGGCGGCAAGGCGCCCGAGGCCAAGGGCGGUGCAAACGGAGCCAAGGCCGGUCCCAGGAUAGCGGUGACGAGGCCGGAUGGCGAGGCGGACGGGGACACCGAUGUCAAGGAUGCACCCGAGGCGGUGGUGGAGGAGCCGAAAGGGAUUGUGAUCGAGGAAGACUAG